CCAAAUGAAACAAUCCACGUGCAAGUCUUCCAUUUUCAAAUUAUACCAUGGCCGUUUUCUUCCUAAUCACGUGAUCAAAUCUAUGCCAGUGACGUCACAGGUAGACUGUUCUAUGCUGUGCUCGAGACACGAUGAUUGCGAAUCUUGGAAUCUGAUUGAGACGUUGUUUGGUUUGGAAUGUGAACUCAACAAUGCAACAAUAAAAAACGGGAUUGAAACUAAUCUAGUGGCAAAACAUGCAGCGAUAUUUGGUAGUCGACUUGAUAAUGUCGCAAAAAAGGCAGCCAAUGUACCGAAACCUCAGGAGAUUUCUUACGUUUUUACAAAUCUUGGAACAGAGGGAGCUGAUGGACCUACAGACACGAGUGGUUACCAAGGCACUGCUCUGGAAGGCCUGGUAACAAUCCAGAAUAGAAUCCAGGAAUGGUUCGUGCCACAUACGGGUACCUAUGAGAUCGAGUCACGUGGUGCAUCUGGCGCGAACGGCUCUUGUGAAAAAGGCUUUUCUAACACAAAGCAGCUUGGAGGCUUGGGAGCAAGGCUGAGCGGAAGAUUUCUACUUUCUCAGGGAGACUUAUUGAAAAUUCUUGUAGGACAGCGAGGAAUUAUGGGUAUAACAUACGGUGAUCGGCCAGGGGGUGGUGGAGGGGGAUCUUUUGUAACGUACGGUAAUAACACCCCGCUUGUGAUUGCCGGUGGCGGAGGUGGUGGAGGGGGAUGCAAGGUGAUUGAAGGGAAACCUGAUGGUGAUCCAGGACAGUUAGGGUUGUUUGGUAGUAGAUGUAGCAGUACGGUGGAAAAUGGGGGAAUGCUGUGUUUGGAUACACAGGACCCUACAGCAGUACUUAAUGCCGGAAGUGGAGCGGGGUUGCUAGGCGACGGAAAUGGCGCCAACCCUCCAGGGACUGAUUCAAAGUCUUUUGUAAACGGAGGAAGGGGUGGUACGAUUCAUAUUGGUUCACAUGGGGGGUUUGGUGGUGGUGGUUAUGGUUGGGAAUACCCAGGAGGGGGAGGGGGGUACACCGGGGCUGGUGUGUGGGGUAACUCGACUUAUGGAGUGGCAGGCGGUGGGGGCUCUGUCAAUCUCGGCUUUGACACAAAGUCAGGAUAUGGCGGCCCCGGGGAACAUGGCUUGGUUCGAAUUGUCUUUAUUCACAACUAAAUUGUAUUUACUGCAUCGUAUAUCAAACCUGGAGUGACCGUGGUUUUCAUGUCGUAAUUUAGCGAUGCUUUUUUGUCGAUCGUGAUGUUAGAUAAUCAAUUAAAAUUACGACAUGAAACGAUCAUGUAGGCUUAGCAAAAGUGUUUUUAAAUAUAUGUGUCAUAUCUUUAAUUUAGUGAAAAUACUUCAGGCAAUUUCAGAGAAUCGAAUGAAACUCGGCCAAUUCAUGGUUUACCGCAAAAUGCUUUCUUGAAUCAUAAAUGAUACUGUAAAUAGUAGUCUGUGAACUUUAGCACUUAGCAAAGGAAAAUAUUUAAUUGCAAUUAUGUAAUAAGCACAAGAGACACGAGGCACUUAAUAGAG